AUGGAAGAUCUGGUGUCGGGCCUGGCCCUUCAUUGGCAGCUACAAUGCACUAUCGAAGAGGGUUGCACGACUCACACCAAAUACGUGUCUGACCAUGCGAGAGGCAUCCGUCGAAUGCCCAUCCAGGAGAGGUGGGAGCGUGAUGAACAGAGGCUGGGGCAGGGCACCUUCGGUGUUGUUUGGCGAGAGAGAUGUACAUCGGGCCCGGACACUGGCAAAUCUCGUGCCGUGAAGCAGAUUUUCAAGAACUUUGGGUCGCUGUCGAUUUCCGCUAAGGCUCUGUCAGCCGAGCUCUCUGCCAUAAUGAGGUUCUCCGAUGAGGCGUAUCGCGAUUACUUCGUCAGGUCAUACGGUUGGUAUGAUACCAAAGAUUUUCUAUACAUUACGAUGGAGUAUCUCCCACUUGGGGAUUUAUCGCGGUAUUUGAAAGAUCCCCUACCCGAAGCACAGGCAGCCAGCAUAAGUUUGCAGGUCUUGGAGGGACUCAGAUUCAUGCACCAGAACAAGUUUGCUCACCGUGAUCUCAAGCCGAACAAUCUUCUCGUGCAGCACACCGGUCCGUCAUGGUGGGUUAAGAUAUCUGAUUUCGGCACGAGUAAAGAAAUGGACAUGGCCACUCUGUGCUCCAACGUUGGGACUGUUGCGUAUCAAGCGCCGGAGGCCCGUGGAAUUAUUAGAUUAGAUGAUGCGGCCGGAGGAAACCAACUGCUAUCCCCGUCUGUCGACAUUUGGGCUGUUGGUGCGAUUGCUUUCCGUCUCACGUCUGGGCGGGUGCCUUUCGAAGACCUCUUAAGCCUAUGCAAAUACGUAGGCCAGGGCGAGCCGUUACCAUUUGAAGAUGGCAUCAGCGAAGGGUCCAACACGUUCGCUGCAAGGCUUAUGGCCCCUAUGCCACAUGAUCGGCCCACUGCCUCGGAGGCCCUCACUGAUCCAUGGUUGAGCUUCUCGGCAUCGGAGUUGGAUGGAUCACGCAUAGGUCGUCCAAUGACGGCACUGGUUAGAGAGCCAAAUUCAACCCAGGACCUAACGGAAGAUGCCUCAGCACAGUGGCCACCUACUGAACAAGGUACUGAACCGCCUUCUUAUUCAGCAAAAUCCCCAAUGGAUGUCUCCCACGGUGCCGACGUUGGCCAGCCCAUUGGACAAGAUCGGCCUGCUUCACCAAGUUCGGAUAGCCAAAGGGUGUCCAGGAAUCGCCGGCAAUCUAAUGCAGAGACAGGCGACAACGGCUCUCACCUAAAGGAUGACAGGAACAGUGAUGCUUUGGAACAUAAUGUACUGCCCCGCCAUAAAUCCAAGCCUUUAGCUUCGCCCAAAAAGCGGCAAAAUCCACCCAAGGUCGAAAAUCAUGGGAGCGGCAUUCACAAAGGCCCGAUGCCUAGAUAUCUGGGUGGCAAAGGACUAACGAGGUUGAAGUUCAAAAGCCAGGGCUUCAUAUUGCAAGCCGUUGAUUAUUCUGACGAUGGAAAAACACUCUUCAUAAUCACAAAUGGCUACAUCCAUACCUAUCAUUCGGUAGGGGAACGGCUAUGGGAUCAGGGCAUAGCCAUUGACAUACGGAGAAAGAGGCUAAAUUGGAAAAUAUGGGAAGGGAUCAAGGUUAUUGACAUUCACGAGACAGGCUUUCACAGUUUCAUGAUAGCUGGUCACAGCCCGGUACUUUUUGCACGCGAUAUUGAAGGAACGAACUUUGUGACUACCUACACCAGCGAUGAUCGAGGCGGUUAUUAUCGGCCUUCCACGUUCACGAUCCCCUUGAAGGAGGGAAUCACGGCCUCGGCAUUUUCUGGAAACGGAAAAUUACUCAUCCUUAGCUGUUUGCAUGAGUUGCAGCUUUGGAUUUUGGCCUCUCAGUCUCUGCAGCAGAGGAUCGAGGUUCCAGAUAAAACUUUGGCCCUGGUCUUUUCCACUAAUGGCUCGCGAUUUGCCCAGAUAGUAGAGGGGCCCUUCGUUUCUGAGAGUGGCAUUGCCAAAAGAUUAAUCGGUGAUUUCUCAUAUAUAUGGGAGUACGAUGAGACUACAGAUGGGUUCGUAAACCGCGACCGUUUUGAAGGAGUGGUGCGGAAGGUGUUGGAUGACGGGGGCCUCUUCCUGUCAAGGGGUGGGCGUCUGUUCUUCCGUCGUGGGUCAAUCGAGACUGAUUUGUUGGCAUCCUCAACGCCAGACAACUACUCGCACUCUUUCUCACGCGAUGCCCGGAAACUAGCCAUGGCUUGUUGGAAUAGCGAAGCAAGAUGUGUGGGUGUUACUGUUUGGCAUGGGGACGGGGAUGGCUUCUCGAGAAGACAAGAGCUCCUUAACCGUGGCUUCCAGUUUACUGGCCGCUGUAUCUUCUCUCCUUCUGGUCAACAACUUGUAUCCAUCGAUAGAAAAUACGGGCAUGAUGGUGUGUUCAUUUGGGACUUGUGA